CUAAUAAUUCCAUUAUCCACUCUCUCUUCCUCCUUUGUCACUCUGUGUGUGCGUGUGUGUAGAGAGACGAGACUGAAGUGAAAGAGAAAUGACAGUCGCUGGUCUGCAACUCUCGGCUCCCUCAGCACAUGGCCAAGGCCAAGUCUUAUUAAGUUCAGUAAAGUCAUCUCUCUUCUCGGGGGCCCCACUCCGUUUCUCACUCCCCACCUCUGGAAGAGAACCAUUUACUCGGAAGCAGCUCGUUGUCUUUGCUCGGAGACUUUCGGGCUUGGAGGAAGCCAUGAGAAUUAAAAGAGAACGUGAGAGUCAGCAGCUUACACCAAAGGUUAAAAGAAGGCCGCCAUUGAGGCGUGGAAGGGUAUCACCAGAACUUCCUGUUCCAGAUCACAUUCCAAGGCCUCCUUAUGUUGGUUCAUCUGAAUUGCCAGAAAUUGCCAGUGAACUUCAAAUUCCUGGUUCUCAAGGCAUUGCUGACAUGAGAGCUGCAUGUGAGCUUGCUGCUCGCGUCUUAGACUCUGCAGGAAAGUUGGUUAGGCCAUCAAUAACAACUAAUGAAAUUGACAAAGCAGUGCACCAGAUGAUUAUUGAUGCUGGUGCUUAUCCCUCCCCUCUUGGCUAUGGGGGAUUUCCAAAGAGUGUUUGUACAUCUGUUAAUGAGUGCAUGUGCCAUGGAAUACCUGAUUCUCGACAGUUACAGAGUGGAGACAUUAUAAACAUAGACGUGACGGUCUACCUAAAUGGAUAUCAUGGAGAUACAUCAAAGACAUUUCUUUGUGGGGAUGUCAGUGAUGCAAUCAAACAACUAGUGAAGGUAACUGAAGAGUGCUUGGAAAGGGGCAUAGCAGUUUGCAAGGAUGGUGCUAGCUUCAAGAAAAUUGGAAAGCGAAUUAGCGAACAUGCUGAAAAAUAUGGUUAUGGCGUGGUGGAGCGUUUUGUUGGGCAUGGUGUGGGGACUGUAUUUCAUUCUGAACCAUUAAUAUUACAUCACCGCAAUGACCAGUCUGGUUGCAUGGUUGAAGGUCAGACAUUUACCAUUGAACCCAUCCUUACUAUGGGAAGCAUUGAGUGUAAAACAUGGCCGGACAAUUGGACAACACUAACCGCUGAUGGUAGCCCUGCUGCACAGUUUGAGCAUACCAUUCUGAUCACUAGAACUGGUGCUGAAAUUUUAACAAUAUGUUAACAUGGUAUUGCUCCUUUUCUUUGACGUAAAAUUUCUCCUCCGGCUACUGGAAGAAAAGAACAAACCAGAAAAUUUGUGCCAGGAUUUUGAAACUUUAGCACAAAAUCACCGACCAUUUUGUCGAACACUAGCAUUCCUGCUGACUAUCCAUGUCUCUGUCCCUCUGGCGGUGCAGCUCCGACCUUAAACACGUGUGGCAGCAACUGAUACUUAGGGGCAUUAUAGUAGUUUACAUGUUUUCAGAAAGGGUGAAUUUUCCCUCCUGAGUCAGCCAGCCAGCCAGCCAGUCAAACCUUCGAAAGUUUGAAGCGCAACUUCCUGUCAUGCUCAUGUCUGUUUGACCAGUCGAAAAUUGAAUCACAAAAUGACGCUACUGCAAUUCUUGAAUAUGCAUCUCAUCAUUCCAAGCCAUGACAUUUUUUGGGUUUAGCUUCAAAAGUGCUUAACAUUGAGAUUUUCAUUGUAAAUAAUCGUUGUUCCCUACAAACCACCCGACAUUUUACUUCAAAAAAUCUGCUUUUUGGAAGUCGAGGAUUUUAAGUAGACUCAUAAAUUAGCUUUUUGGGAGAUGUGAUU